AUGAACACCAGCAUCCUGCUUAUGUUCCUUUGGGGGCUGUCCUGUGCUACUCCAGUAGCCAGGUAUCAACAUAUUGAAUCUGAGAGCUCUGAAGAAGGGAAGGGUAAUUUGGCUCAGACACAAACACCACCAUGGAAGAGCAGUGAGUCAUCAGAAGAAAGUAAAGUUAGCUCAGAGGAGCAGGUAAAUGAAGACCCAAGUGACAGUGUCAAAUCAGAGGAAGGCCUGCACCUUGCGGAUCAUCCAUAUGCUCAUAGGCCAGCUGGUGGCUUUUCUAGGAAUGGAGGAAAAGAAGGAGCUGAUAAAGAUGACGAUGAAGAUGACAGUGGAGAUGACACCUUUGGUGAUGAGGACAAUGGCCCAGAACCUGAAGAGACACAAGAGGGAAAUACUAGACUCGAUAGUAAUGAAGACUCAGCAGAUGCCACCCAGUCCAGGGAAGAUAGUUCCUCUCACGGAGAAGACAGUGGCCAAGAUACCACCAGUGAGAGCAGGGAUGUUGACAAGGAGAGUGAGAGUGAGGAGCACUGGAUGGGAGGUGGCAGUGAGGGAGAUAGCAGCCACGGGGAUGGAUCUGAGUUUGAUGGUGAAGGAAUGCAGAGCGAUGAUCCAGACACCAUCAGGAGUGAGAGAAGUCACUCCAGAAUGAGCAGCGCCAGUGUCAAAUCAAAAGAAUCAAAAGGAAAUAGUGAUGAGCAAGCCAACACUCAGGAUUCAGGUGAGAGCCAAUCAAUGGAGAGUCCCAGUAGGAAAUUUUUCAGAAAGUCCCGCAUUUCUGCGGAAGAUGACAGAGGUGAUCUUGGCAAUAGCCGAGAAGUCAAAAGUGACUCCCCAGAAAACACCAACUCGAGAGAAGCUGGCCUCAGACAAUCCAGGAAAAACAGCAGGAGUGAAUCUCAAGAAGAUAGUGAGGAGAAUCAGUCCCAGAAAGACAGUCAAAAUGAACAAGACCCCAGUAGUGAGUCUAGUCAAGAGGUUGACCUCCCAUCUCAAGAAACCAGUAGUGAAUCUCAGGAAGAGUUAUUGAGUAAGUCCAGGGGUGACAACCCAGAUAAUACCUCCAGUCACUCAGAAGAUCAGGACCACAGUGACUCCACUGAAGAGGACAGCUUGAGCACACCCUCCAGUUCAGAAAGCACAUCCACAGAGGAGCAAGCUGAUAGUGAAUCCAGUGAGAGCCGCCCAUCCUCGGAGGAGAGCCCAGAGUCCACCGAGGAUGGGAACAGCUCUAGCCAGGAGGGCCUCCAGUCUCACAGUGCCUCCACAGAGAGCCAGAGCCAGGAGAGCCAGAGCGACGAGAGCCAGUCUGAGGAAGAUGGCGGCAGUGAUUCUCAGAACAGCAGCAAAUCACAAGAAGACAGCAACUCCACUGAGAGCAAGUCAAGCAGUGAGGAAGAUGGCCAGUCAAAAAACACUGAGAUAGAAAGCAGAAAACUAACGGUUGAUGCUUAUCACAACAAACCCAGUGGGGAUCAGGACGACAAUGACUGCCAAGAUGGCUAUUAG